CUUCCGUGAUGUUGCCCGUCGAAACGAAUGCUUCGAAUGUCAUAAAGUUCUAUGACAAUGCAGCUCGAUCGACCGCCUCUAACUCAUUAGAAUACAGACGACAGACUCGUAUCGUUCACCUCCGUAAUUUUAACAACUGGACUAAAAGUAUGUUAAUUAGCGUUUAUCUGGAAGCCGCUCGGGAACGAUUCGGUCGUGACUGCCGUUUGCAUGUGUUCGACUUAUGUUGUGGUAAGGGCGGAGAUCAGAUGAAAUGGGCACAAGGCCAUGUGGAUUAUGUAAUGUUCUUGGACAUUUCGGGUGAAUCUGUUAGAGCUUGCAAACAACGUUAUGAACAAUUACAACGCAAGCGCCCACGUCUCUACUCGGCUGAUUUCCACGUCUGUGACUGUACCUCGGACCUUUCGGACAAUUUGCUUCGUGACCGGAAGUUUCACCUCGUGAGCUGUCAGUUUUCGCUACACUAUGCGUUUGAAAGUCUACCCAAGGCUCUCCAAUUCUUCAAAAACGUCAGUUCUUGUCUGAGACCUGGCGGGUUUUUCAUCGCAACUAUUCCCAACGCGUACGAAAUCGUUCGUCGAGCUAAAGAAGCCUAUGCGGCAUCAAACACACCUGAACAACAGCCGGAGGACGAUGUGACUUUCGGGAACUCGAUCUAUUCUAUACGUUUCCGAAGUGGUUCCUUUAGUAAACCAGUUGAAGACGCGGUUAAUGCUGACUCGCCCACCGGAAUGCCAGAACUUAUACAAUUUCCACUUCUUGGCGCUAGAUAUGACUUCCAUUUAGAAGGUGUUGUCGACUGUCCUGAAUUUCUGAUCUACCCACCGCUACUGAAUGAACUGGCAUCAGCCCAUGGUCUAAUUCCUGUUUCACCCCCUCUUUCGUUUGCAGCAUUUUUUCACGAAUCACUUUGCAAGUCUAGAGGAAUCGAAAGACCACUUGAUUUGUUAAUACGCAUGAAUGCAUUGGAAACAUGGAAGAAUCCGCGAAUGUCCUACCCCGAAAACUUCAAACAGGUUGCCAGCGAUGAACUAAAAGCUUACGCGCACGCAGAACAGCGACUGGACGAAGAUGAGGCGUGCCGCCAUUCCAAAUUCUUGGGCACUAUCUCCCAAGCCGAGUGGGAGGUUAUAAAUUUGUACAAUGUUGUCGCUUUCAGAAGAGCAU